AUGCUGCUCUUAAUUAUCAUCCUUAUCCUCAUUGCCUGUAAACUCAAACCAUGGCGCCGCUUCCUCCCCUCCUCCACCUCUGCCGCCACCAGAUUCCGCCACCCCCCUUCGAUCAAGGUUGAUGACAUAGAGAGGCCUCUUGUUUCGGAAGAUUAUGACGUAGUUGAAAGCCAGAUCUGUGAGUCCACUAGUUACUCCAUUGAGGGGGGUGGUCGUCGAACUCAGGCGGGAUUCAUUCCACCCCAUUCUAACAGAGUAACACAAAGGCUCCAGUCGACGUCUCCCCAGCUGACACAUAGUGAUAGCUUUGUUCUUGACAUUCCAAAUACAUCGGAGGAUUCUUUUGUUGGUCAGACGCUUAAGCUUCCACUUGCACCAAGUAAGUUAGCCGAAGAGGGGAUACGCGAGAAGGAAGGUGUAAAGUAUAGCCCAAAUCAUGUAGAUGAGGACAUUUCUAGAGAGUUCAUUCCAAAAUAUACUGCAAAUCAGAGAAGCAUUCUCAUGCUGGAGGUAAUCUCAGGACCUUCUCGUGGACGCAGAGGUCUCAGGCAAGCAUGCAACGAUAAAUUGGAAUGUAAACAAGUUGAACUGGGAACUGGUUGCGUGGGUAGCUUGAAUGGUACACUCUUGAAUUCCCAGGCAGUACACAAUCCUCAAUCGGGAAGCAGACAUUGGGGCAAUCCAGUCGAGCUCUCAAGUGGAGAUAUAAUAACUUUUGGCACAACUUCAAAGAUUCUUGUCCAGAUAACUGCUCAAACGGAGGACCAGAUCUCUUUUGGGAUUGGUAUAGCAUCAGAUCCCAUGGCAAUGCGCCGGGGAGGAAAAAAGUUGGCCAUGGAAGAUGUCUACUAUUACCAGUGGCCUCUCCCUGGAACCAAUCAGUUUGGAUUGUUUGGCAUAUGCGAUGGACAUGGUGGAGCAGAUGCAGCCACAUCAGUUAGCAAAAUAAUGCCGGAAGUGAUCACUAGCAUCCUGUCGGACUCAUUCAGGAGAGAGAAGGUUUUAUCUCAGUGUGACGCUUCUGACGUCCUUAGGGAAGCAUUUUCUCAAACAGAAGCAAGCAUUAAUUUUUUUAAUUUUUUUUAA